AGUAAAAAUUUAAUAAUUAUUUUAUGUUGGGGAUUAAUUUAAAAAAUACAUACUUAUUGAAUACUAUUUCGGAAAUUUUAAUUAAAAAAAACUAUACGGAGUAUUAUUUUAAGUGGUGGUUGGGGUUGGUUACGGUCAAAACGGGGAUUUCCACAGAAUUGCUACGUCCCCUCCCUCCGUUCCGUGGGACAUUCCGAUCAACAUUUCCUCACUCUCAUUCUUUCCAAAGGUUUCCGGCAUAAUUUCGCUCAACGAUGAAUUUUCUGCUGAUGAGGUCGAAUCAGGCUGCAGCUCCGGCAGAACUGCCGCCGGCGCAGAAGAUUCAGACCGACGCUGGUUAUGCGCCAAAGCCGGGUAGUACUCUUGGAGCGCUGUUUGCGGAGGAUCCAUUGUUGCCGACUAAGUCAUUCGAGGGUCAUGACGGUGAGAGUGAUGGACACGGAAAUGGAGGUGGGUUUUUUGCUGCAUCGGUUGGGAAGGGAAGCCACAUUGAGGUUUCUGAAAGCGAAGGGUGGAUAGCUAUUCCAAAGGAGGAGCUUCCCGAUAACUGGAGUGAGGCACUGGACAUGACAUCAUUGUGCUCGCUGGAUCGCUCCUUUGUUUUUCCUGGCGAACAAGUUCAAGUAGUAGCAUGCUUGGCUGCAUUUAAGCAGGAUACUGAAAUUAUUACACCAUUUAAAGUUGCUGAACUUAUGAACAAAAAUGGGUUUGGGGAGAACAACGACGACAAAGAAGGCCGCUGUGAUGCUUCUCACUCUCACGAUGUUUCUGAUGCAGAAGAAAUAAAUGACAGUGAAGAUAUUGAUAAGACAAAUAGAAAUAAAAUGCAGGGGAAUGUUGAACCCGAGAAAGAAGUUUCUGCUGGUGCGUCACUUCUGAGAAUGGAAGAGUACAAAAGACAGACUGAAUCUCUAGUGCAAAGAUUUAAAAACUCUCACUUCUUUGCCCGAAUUGCUGGGUCUGGUGAGGUACUAUGGACAAAAAGAAAAGCUGUGGAGGACUCCUCUGGGAUUGAAGAAAGGUUCAUGGGAAACAGUUCAGAUACUAAGAACAAUUCAAAAAAGAAGCUUCCUUCUAAUGCUGCCAUUGAUAGGGGGAAUUUUGAUGGGGUCACAUCUGGAGGAGUGGCAAGGAAUGCUACCAAGUGCUGUGCCCUCCCGAAUGGAGACAUUGGGGGUGCAGGUACUCUUACAGAUAAAUUUUGCCUUCUGUGGGUUACGAAGAUUCAGUGUCGCCAAACCAAGAUCCAUGUGUUCACUUCUGUUGCAAGCAUCCGUAGUACAUCUACCAGGGUUGCCUUAUCUGGAUCAACUGGCUCUCAGCUUUUUUCUUUUGGAAACUUCAGAAGUUACUCCAUGUCCUCAUUGCCACCAAAUAUUUUACCCCCUUCAUCUACUUCAACUCCGAAUUGUGGCCCAGGUUUUGAACCAGAUGACUGGGAGCGGUUUUCAUUUCGUAAGGCAAUCAAAAGUGAAAAUAGCGGUAGUGGAGGACUUUUAUCUUAUAGAGGGGUUUCAUUGGAACCUGAAAGGUUUUCUGUUCAUUGUGGUUUGGAAGGGAUUCAUAUACCUGGAAGGAAAUGGAGGAGGAAAAUUGAAAUAAUUCAACCACUGGAAAUUACUUCUUUUGCUGCUUACUGCAGCACAGAUGACCUCAUCUGUGUUCAAAUAAAGAAUGUUGCUCCAGAACAUACACCAGAUGUUGUUGUGUAUUUAGAUUCUAUAUCAAUUGUUUUUGAAGAAGCUUCAGAAAGUGGGCUACCUUUAUCUUUACCAACUGCAUGUAUUGAAGCUGGGAAUGACCACUGUUUACCAAAUUUAGCUCUCAGGAGAGGUGAAGAACACUCCUUUAUUCUCAAACCAGCAACUUCCACGGGCACAAACUCCAAGGUUUGCAGUGAGCGAAGUUCACAAUCACGCAUUAGUGCUGGAAAUGUAGCAUCUACAAGAAAAUAUUCUUUGAAUGCCAAGGCGAGAAAUAGUGUUUCACCGGCGGAUCAUUAUGCAAUUCUUGUAUCAUGCAGAUGCAAUUAUACUGGGUCUAAGUUGUUCUUCAAACAGCAGACAAGCUGGCGACCGCGAAUCUCCAGGGAUUUGAUGAUCUCUGUUGCAUCCGAAAUGUCGAAACAAACUUUAGAAUCUAAUGAAAGAGUAGCACAGCUUCCAGCGCAGGUCCUAACUCUUCAAGCAUCAAAUUUGACAUCUGAAGACCUAACAAUGACAGUGCUGGCUCCAGCCUCCCUUACUUCUCCGCCUUCUUUGAUGUCACUCAGCUCACCAACAUCGCCAGCAAGUCCAUUUUUUGGGUCUAGAUGUGUUCCUUCUCAAUCGACGGCUACUGUCAAACUUGAGGUUCUUCCCCUGACAGAUGGCAUAAUCACACUUGAUUCCUUGCAAAUUGAGGUAACAGAGAAAGGCAUCACAUACAUUCCCGAUCACUCUCUCAAGAUAUAUGCAACUUCAAGCAUUCCUUCCGGGACACGAUGAUACCUCCCUCCUGCUGGUUUACUUCAAGU